AUGGUGACCAAGUUCUACCAACACAUCCUUGCCCUGGUGUUUGCUGUUGAUGAGAUCAAUGAGAAUCCCAGGAUCUUGCCCAAUGUCACCCUCGGGUUCCACAUCUACGACAGCUAUACUGAUUCAAGGAGGACUUACCGCACCACUUUGGACCUGCUCUUUAAAUCACACCAGUUUGUCCCUAACUACAAAUGUGGCACCCAGGAAAAUGUAAUAGGAGUAAUUGGAGGACUUAGUUCUGAUACUUCGUCCUGCAUGGCAGAUAUCUUGGGUCUUUUCAAGAUUCCACAGAUUUCAUAUGGCUCAUUUGAGCCAGCAGUGAAGAAUCAAAUCAAGUUCCCUUCCUUUUACCGCAUGGUACCCAGUGAAGCCCUGCAAUACCGAGGAAUUAUUCAGUUACUUCUGCACUUCAAGUGGAAAUGGGUUGGGCUCUAUGCUAUAGAUAAUGAAGGUGGAGACCAAUUCCUACAGACCAUGGAGGAAAUGCUUUUGCAGAAUGGAAUCUGUUCAGCAUUCACAGAAAGAGCUCAAACGCACCUGCGCCUCUCUGACAGCAUACAGGAGAUGCUCUACCACAAACAAAGUACUUUGCCAGUAUUCAUGCAGAGCAACGCCAAUGCAGUUGUUAUAUAUGGAGAAAGUGCCUCUAUUACAUGGUUGGGAGCAGUUAUAGGGGGAAUCAAGAUAAGUCAAAUACUAUUUCUGCAAAAUAAGAGGCUCUCUACAGCAAAAGUGUGGAUUACAACAGCCCAAAUAGAUUUCACAUUAUACCCCAUUCAGACGAUUACUGAUAUGGACAGGCACAUGUUCCAUGGCGCUAUCUCCUUCACAAUUCAUUCAAAGGAAAUAGAAGACUUCCAAAAGUUUCUUCAGCUUGUAAAUCCUUCAUGGGAAAAUGAAGAUGGAUUUAUCAAAUAUUUCUGGGAGCAAGCAUUCAGUUGUUCAUUAUCCAACUCAUUCAUCUACGGCAGAUGUACUGGAGAGGAGAUGUUAGAGAGCCUUCCUGCCCCUUAUUUUGAAAUGAGCAUGACUGGCCACAGCUACAGCAUUUAUAACGCCGCCUAUGCUUUGGCCCAUGCCUUACAUAUCUUGCAGUCAGCUGGGCUGAAACGCAGUGCAAGGGAGUCCAGCAACAGAAUGGUUCCUCAGAAUGUGGAGCCCUGGCAGCUCCACUCAAUCCUUCACAAGAUCUCAUUCAACAACACUGCUGGAGAUGAAAUUGCACUGGAUGAGCAUGGAGAAUUAGCAGCCGGAUUUGACAUUACAAACUUGGUCACGUUCCCAAAUAAAUCAUAUGUCAGAGUCCAAGUUGGGAGGCUGGAUCCUCCUGGCAAAGUGCUCACCAUUGAUGAGGACAGAAUUGAAUGGCACCGAGGCUUGACUCAGGUGCCACCUCUUUCAGUAUGUAAUGACAUCUGCCGCCCUGGUUAUGGGAAGAAAAAGAAGGAGGGGAAGAGCUUUUGCUGCUAUGCUUGUGCUCCUUGUCCUGAUGGGAUGAUCUCAAAUGAGAAGGAUGAAGAAACAUGUGUCAGUUGUCCGGAAGACCAAUAUCCAAACAGAGGCCAGGAUCAAUGCAUUCCUAAGAUGCCAAACUUCCUGGCAUUUGGUGACACUUUGGCCAUUGUUUCAACUUCCUCUGCACUACUGUUGUCUCUUCUCACAGCUGUGGUGCUCGGCAUCUUCGUUAAGCACCGGGACACUGCCAUAGUCAAAGCCAACAACAGAAGUCUCACCUACAUUCUCCUCAUCUCCCUCCUCUUCUGCUUCCUCUGCUCCUUGAUGUUCAUUGGAAAACCUAAUAAGGUGACUUGCCUUCUCCGACAAACUGCUUUUGGUAUCAUCUUCUGUGUGUCCAUCUCUAGUAUCCUGGCCAAAACUGCAUCUGUGCUUUUAGCCUUCAUGGCCACGAAACCAGGAUCUAAGAUGAGGAAAUGGGUGGGGAAACGAUCGGCUUAUUCCAUCAUUCUGUCCUGCUCCCACAUCCAAGUGGGGAUCUGUUCUCUCUGGCUGGCAAUGUUUCCCCCCUUUCCAGAUAGAGAUACACACACAAUGAUGGAUCAAAUUGUACUCUUAUGUAAUGAAGGGUCGGUCACUAUGUUCUACUGCGUCUUGGGGUUUAUGGGCUUCCUGGCCAUUGUUUGUUUCACUGUAGCUUUUGUAGCCAGGAAGUUACCUGACAGCUUUAAUGAAGCCAAGUUCAUCACCUUCAGCAUGUUGGUCUUCUGCAGUGUUUGGCUGACCUUCAUUCCAACUUACCUGAGCACAAGAGGAAAAGACAUGGUGGUGGUGGAGAUCUUCUCCAUACUGGCUUCCAGUGCUGGGUUACUGGGCUGCAUCUUUGCCCCUAAAUGCUACAUCAUUGUGGUGAGACCUGAGCUGAACUCUGUAAAGAAAAAGCGUAAUAGAGCGCAG